AUGAUGAAAAGCAAUCUAGGCCCCAGGAAAGGCAACGGUGAAGCAUCACUGAAGCGCUACAAACCUAGCGCUCUACCACCCGUCCUCACACCGACAAAAAAUGAGGCAAAUGAACGCAGAACAAGCAUCCAAGACCUCUAUAAUGCCUUCCAGGAGCGAGAGGACAGAGCAAAUGGACCCCUCUCUACUGAAACCAAUGUUGGGGUUGAAGCCAAGCAGGCAGGAGCAGACGAGUCACAAAGCUGGGCUGCCAUAAAGAAGGUUAGAAAUCGACUCAAUGCUCAGAAAGGCCGCCAGAAACAGCAAAACCAAAUGAAGUUUCUCGAGCACGAACAAUUGAGACUAUCCUCAUCCAAUGGGGCCCUUUCGUACCAGAACGCUCAUCUCAAAGAUGCGAUACGACAGAUCAAGAAGGAGCGUUACGCAUCCAAGAACAAACACGCUAUUGUUGUUGACGCUUCAUCUACUGAGCUCAAUACUAGAAUUCCUUCACAACAGACAGGACGCGGCAUUCUUGAUCAGCAACAGUUCGCAGCACUACUACAGGGACUUGAUGACCUAACAAGAAGAAUGCCUCAGGGGUUGCCCCUUACGGCUCAUGGUUUGCCCCCGCUUACAGCAGCAUCAAGAACAGAGUGGGCACCAGCAGCAACAACAACAUUGCGGCCAAUGAGCAAUAUGAAUCAUGCUUCGGCUCCUUUUGGAGGAAUGAGUACAGGGCAAAAUUUCUGCUGUGAGGUUUACAUGGUGUAUAGUGCCUUGGAUCCAUCUAUCAAACUGGUUUAUCAUGGCUCCCGCCAUCAUCCUUUGUGCCGUAGCUGUCGAUGA